AUGUUCCGCGCAGCAGCUCCGGGGCCCUAUGAUGAGGCCGUCGCCAAGGCGACGGACGAGAACCUCACCUCCGAGGACUGGGGCUCCAUCAUGGAGGUUUGCGAUCGCGUGUCCGGCGACGCCAACGGCUCUCAGCAGGCAGUCCAGGCCCUGAUCAAGCGCCUGGCCCACCGCAACGCCAACGUGCAACUCUAUACCCUCGAGGUCGCCAACGCCCUGAGCCAGAACUGCGGGAAGCCCAUGCACCGCGAGCUGGCCAGCCGCGCAUUUACGGAUGCCCUACUUAAGCUGGCCAACGACCGCAACACCCACAACCAGGUAAAGGCCAAGAUCCUCGAGAGGAUGAAAGAGUGGUCCGACAUGUUCAGCAAGGACGCCGACCUGGGCAUCAUGUACGACGCCUACUUCCGCCUCAAGCAGUCCAACCCCCAGCUACAACCGCCUUCCGCGCCGCAGAAGAACAGCCUGACCGACGUCGACCGCCAGAAGGAGGAGGAGGAGCUCCAGAUCGCCCUGAAGCUGAGCCUGCAGGAGGAGGACAGGAAGAAGUCAGCCCAGCAACCAGCCCCCGCCGGCCCAAGCAGCAGCACGGGUCCCCAGGAGGCUGCCCCUGCUGCGCCCUUACAGCCCAUGCCUUCGGGGACUACCGCGGCGACGGUGAGUCGCGUGCGCGCUCUGUACGACUUCGUGCCGUCAGAGCCCGGCGAGCUGGAGUUCAAGAGGGGCGAUGUCAUUGCAGUCCUGGAGAGCGUGUACAAGGACUGGUGGCGGGGCUCGUUGAAGGGCAAGACGGGAAUCUUCCCCCUGAACUAUGUCGAGAAGUUGACGGACCCCACGCCUGAUGAGUUGCAGCGCGAGGCGCAGAUGGAGGCCGAGGUCUUUGCUGAGAUCAAGAACGUCGAGAAGCUUUUAACGCUGCUGAGCACGAACAGUGCGCCGCGGGAAGAGGACAACGAGGAGAUCUCGAAGUUGUACCACCAGACGUUGGCCAUUCGGCCCAAGCUGAUCAAGUUGAUCGAGAAGUACUCACAGAAGAAGGAUGACUUCACUCAACUGAACGAGAAAUUCAUCAAGGCACGCAGGGACUAUGAAGCUUUACUCGAAUCCUCCAUGGAUAUGGAGGUCCUCCAGGCCCAGGAGGUUAUCCAGGGCAAGGCCCUCCACCGCAGCAAGAGCCCCAAGGCUACGGUGCACCCCCAGGCCCAGGUCCAGGCUACCCUCAACAACAACAACCUUCACAAGAUCCUCAGAGAUUCUACACUCCCGCCCCCGCACAAGAUCAACAACAACCGCAUCAAUACCAAGCAUACCCUCCUCAACAGCAUCCUCAGUCCACCCCAUCUCCUGCGUUCCAGAGACCAAGCGCCACACCGGCACCCUUCUAUAUGGCUGGUGCAGAGGACAAACACGUCGCCGCCACCGGCGAACCAAUAUGUCCCUUACUCCCGCCCACCUAUACCAGGCUCACAACCACCACCACAAGACCAUCAGCGACCACAGAGCACAUACGGACCGGGCUCAGGUCCCAGCAACCCGCAGGAGCUGGCCACAUCCGUCUACGACUCCCCCAUCGCAUCACACAACCCUCAAUCCGCAGCCACCUAUACCUCCUCUGCUUAUUCGCCAGAUGAUGGACCGUCAGCACCGAGCGAGCCUUCAUACACCGCGCCAUCCGCUCCGUCCGCCCCUUCGGCCCCUUCCGCACCCGGUGUGCCCGGUAGUCUGAUGCCUGGCGCACCACCGCCGUUGCAGCCGAGCGGGCCCGCGUACGACGCGAGGCGCGCCUCGGGAGGGCAGUCGCAUUACAAGCCUUAUGUCCCUCCGUCGAAUGCUUAUUAG